ACCACCAUGACCUCACGCAGCAGCGCGCGCGCCCAUCAGCACCAUCACCAUCACCACCCUCACGGCGCCAUGGAUUCGCCCGGCUCGCCGCUGUCGGAGCUCUCGUCCGACGACUUCCCCGAGGACGUCAAGACCGAGGACCACCGCUCGCUCAGCGUCGACACGUUCCACGACCACGACGCCGAGCACGACAGCCUGCGCCCGGCCAAGCGCCAGCGCACCACGGGGCCCGCCUCGUCGGUGGGCGUGGGUGGCGACGCCGACCUGUACAUCUCCGAAGACACCGAGGGCAGCGUGCCCGCGUCGCCGAACCACCCGGGCGGAGGCGGGAGCGGCGGCGGCGGCGGAGGAGGAGGAGGAGGGGGAAGCGGGGGUGGCGGAGGCGGCUUCGGCGCCAUGCAGGACGAGGAGAGCCUGGGGCAAGAGCAGGUCACGGUGUGCAAGUGGGAGGGCUGCGAUGCCGGCGACCUGGGCAACAUGGACCGCCUGGUCGAGCAUCUCCACGACGACCACAUCGGCACCCGCCAGAAGAAAUACUCGUGCGAGUGGAGCGACUGCUCGCGCAAGGGCAUCCCGCACGCCAGUGGCUACGCCCUGCGCGCCCACAUGCGCAGCCACACGCGCGAGAAGCCGUUUUACUGCACCCUGCCUGAAUGCGACCGCGCCUUCACCCGCUCCGACGCCCUCGCCAAGCACAUGCGCACCGUCCACGAGACAGAGGCGCUGCGCCCCUCGGACCCCGUCCCCAAACACCACUCGUCGAACCCCUCGAACAAGAACCAGCGCGUGCGCCUCGUCUUCAAAACCGGCAGCACGCCCGGCGCAAGCAACAGCAUCUCCGCGCCCGAAAAGCCCGGCUCGCCACUCCCCGGGUCCCCCAGCGCCGCCGCCGCCGCCGCGCUCCCGCCCCCGCCCCCUCCCCCCGCUGAGACCGAGUACGAGCACAACAACAUCACGUUCCGGGCGCCGGAGCCGGGCGAGCCGCCCGCCCCGCGCACGCCCCGCUUCCCGCACGACAUACACUUCAGCCCGGCCGAGCUGGCGCUGCCGCCCGCGUCGCUGGCGCGCCUCCUCCGCCGACAAGCCGCCUGGGCCCAGCGCGAAGCCGAGGCUCUGCGCGCCGAGUGCGAGGGCCUCGAGCGCCGCCGUCGCGCCGAGUGGGUCGCCAAGGAGCUGGCGCUGGAGAACGUGCUGGAGGCGGAGCUGGGGCGCAUGGGGCGGCGCGACGGGCUGUUGAGGGCGGAAGAGGGGGCGGAGCUGCUCGAGGCGUUGAAGGCGGACGUGUCUGUUUCGCGGGGGCUGGAGGUUGUGGGCGAGGGGGAGGCGGAGUGGCGCCGGGGGUUUGGUGUUGGUGACAUGGGUGUGGCUGUGGCUGUGGUGGGCGAUGGGGAUGCGGAUGCGGAUGCGGAGAGGCACAAAGCGGCAGAGCGUGCAGGUGCAGCGGAGGGUCCGUUCGGCCACCGCGACGAGGCAAACGGCAGCGGCGUGCUCGCUGCGCAGCAUCAGCAGCACCAGCAGCAACAUCAAGGCGGCGACGAGGGCGACGACGAAAUGGACGACGACGACGACGACCAUGACCACCACGCCCCGCUGCCCGCCUCCUCGUUGCAGCAUCAGCACCAGCAUCAGCACCAGCACCACGGCAUGUCGGGCCCGCCGGCCGCGUUCGACGCCGCGGGCGAUCCGGCCGUCGAGCACCGGCCUGAGGAGCUGGGCGUGGGGCUUGCGGGGUGAGAGAGGGUGAGGGUAGUGGUGUGGGGUGGGCGUGGGCGUAGGCGUGUACGAUAGGUAGAUAUCUCGGA